UCACUGCAGAGCCCAGCCCAGCUUGUCCCACCUUGGCUACCGUGUGCUUUGCUCUGGUAGCCAGCACGCUACCCUUGAGUUUGCUCCUGGCUUUCCUGAACCCCGGUAACUCUCUCUGGUUUCCCCCCAGCUGCCACCAUGCCCCUGUCCCACAGCAGGGCUGGGCAGACACCCUGCAGCAGCAAAGUGUGCAGGAACCUCUUUGGCCCCGUGGACCACGACCAGCUCCAGAAUGACUUUGAGGACAAGCUGAGGCAGCAACUGGAAGAAGCUCAGCAGCGCUGGAACUUCGACUUUGAGACAGAGACUCCCUUGGAAGGACCCUUCAAGUGGGAGAGGAUCUUCCUGGCUGAGCAGCCACCCCAGGGGCCCCACAGCCUGGUCAGGGCUGUCAUCAGCAGUGACAGCAGGAGCUCCUUGGUCUGCAAGGUCCCCUCCAGGGACUGUGUUGGCAGGAUUCGCCCCGAGGAGUCUCAGCAGAGCUCGGAGGUUUACAAGGCUGGUUCCCCACAGGGCUUGAAACGUGGGCAGACCACCAUCAAAGACUUCUACAGUGCCAAGAGGAGGAUCGUCCCUGCCAAGCCCAAGCCGUGACACGUUGGUGGCUCCUCUGCCAUGGGGGACAGCUGCUGAUGCUGCCGAGCACGGGGGGUCUGUGGCUUCCCCCCACCCUGUGCUGUGUAAGCUGUUCUGCAUGAAGCAAUGUAGAGUCUGUAGUUCCCUAUUUAUGAGUAGCUCUGGGGUCCUGAGGGACCUUCACUGUGUGCAAUGUAGAGGAGGAGCCUCUGGCGAGGGCUGGAGCCCCACACUGGGGGUGGAGGAGGACUGAGAUGGGCCUGGUGGGACUGAGGCACUGCCCUGCCUGUGCAGAAGUGCCCUCUGCCCUGUGGUGGUGGGGCCAAGCAUCCCUGCACCGUCCUGCUGUCCCCUGCCUGAGGGCUGGCCAUGGGGGACACUUGUGUCCCAACCACCUGAUGGCACCAGAUAUCUUUAAGAUGAAGCCACUGAUGUGGGUUGAGGAGCCCUGAGACAGCCUGGCCCUGAGGACACCCCGGCUGCUGGCACCUGAGAGUGCCCUCUGUCCAGCAGGAUGGACCCAGCAGUGCCAAGCACUUGUCCAUGAGUGACCUGGAGGCUGCUCCUUCCUACAGCUGCUUGGGAGAGGAAGCUGCUCCCUGGGCAGCCCUUCCUUGGGGUGACCCACCAGUGGCAGGAGGUGACAAACCCACUGGAGGCCCCCAUUUGGAACAGCAGUUGGGGGCCCAACACUGCCUGGGAGGCUUUGGGAUCCCCUGUGCUGUACUGGCCCAAAAUCCCACUUUCUUACCUUGUUGUUGGCUUGAGUGGUACUGUUUGCCCUCACAUUCCUGCCUCCUCCAACGCUGACACCAGGCUGGGGAGCCCCUGCUCUGGCUCUGUUGGGCUCCUCUGGGGAUGAUGCUGAAAUAGGAAUUGUAGCUUGUUUUCCUGGACUUUUUCUCCUUUGGGGCUGAGGGGAGAGGACCCUCACCUGGCUCUGCAGAGCAAGGACUUUGGUCACCUCUGGGAUGGCCUGGAGCAAAGGCUGCUCAGUCCCAGCACUGAAGGAUGAGUCCCUGCUCCUGAGGGACUCUACACUGUCGGGUCUCAGCACUUUCAUGGGGUUCAUCUCCUCCUCUGCUGGAUUUGGACUCUGGAAACUGGUGCAAGAUGGUCCCAGGAAGGAAAGGGAUGGGGUUGACCUCUCACCUUGCACCACGAUGCACUUUGCUGUUGGUGAAGCUGCCAAGCUCCCAGCACUAAAUGUUUAUUUAUAUUAAAAAUAAUACUAUUAAGUGUACGUGGGGAAAUGGGAGAUACAUGUUUGUCUACAAAUGUUAACUUUCAAUAAACACUUGCCUUGUGUAAGGGAA